GAGCCUCUGGGGCCCCAAGCUUUCUACGGAGGAGGUGAACAAGGCGAAGGAACGUGCUCCCCUCGACAAGGAUGGGCUCCUCCUCUGCUGGGGCAAGUUCGAAGCCCUCGACCCCUGUGUCCAGAUGCAGCUUCUUCGUCGUGGCGGUCUGCGCCGGAUGAGGCCCGAGACCAAGGAGUCGGUGGGGGAAAAGAUCAAGCUCCUGCGCGCGGCGGUGAUCAAGGACCGGGUUUCAAAGGUUGACCGAAAGUCCGGCCAAGGCGAGGAGGAGAACCCGGCGGAGACCCGCGCUGGGGGCGACAAGGCGGUGCAGUUCAGCGACGUUCCGGAGGAGUUUGCGGCGGUGGACUAUACGGCGGCGGAGGUCGAGCUCCAGGAGGCGAUCAGGGGUCCAGAUGACGGGUGGCUUCAACCACCUCACGGCGAUCAUCACUGCUGCGUUGAGGCUGCCGAUGGUGCCUCGGCCCCGAACGAGGUGCAGGAGUUGGUCGCCAAAGCCCAGGCCCUCGCAGAUGGCCCGGUACUGGGUGCACUUCGGGAGGCUUCAGACGAUUUGUUUGCUUGGGCUGCGACUCGUGUGGCCCUCGCCCCAAACGCAACUCUUGAGGAGAUCCUCGGCGACAUGGCUACCUACGGCAUCGGCGAGACGGCGGCGGAGGCGGGUUCCAGCAACGGGAUCCAUGUCACCGACGUUGUGUGGGAGCCGGGUUUACCCGGCCGCGCCGUUGCCACCAUCGAGGGCGCUUCAUGGACUUUGUGGGACUACCGGGAGGAGGUUCACAUGUCCGAGGAACUCGCGGGGAUGCUCCAACAGCCUGAAGAAGGGAUUGAGAAACGGCAGUGUGUUACCAAGGCCAUCGCGGCGGGGAUCAUGUGGAGGACAUUGGCACGGCAACCCACCCCGGAGGAGGUCGAAGCUAAGUCGCUGGAUGUUCGGGUGGAACAGACAAGGCAGGCUCUGGAGGCCCGGUCUGUGAUGGGUGAGGCUGCUCAGAAGGUGGCACCCAUCGAGGCGGAGAUCAGGGUCUACACCCACGACACCCUCAAGGACCUCGAGGACUGCAAGCUUGUGGUGAUCCGCGCGGACUAUAAAGGUGACGUGGUGGUCGAGACCGUGACAGGCCCCCUCUGGCGCGACAAUGGAUGGACGCUGUGGACGUUGAUCUGGCGGGGACACAUGGUGUUCUUGGAGCCUCCCGCGACUCUUCAGACCGAGGUCUUUCUCGACCGUUGGCAGCCUUACGACACGCCGGCUUUGGGUUUCCUUUUCUUUUGGCACUCGCGACACGAUCAGGAGAAGACCGCCCCGGGCCUCGUUCAAUGCAGGUUGUGCCGAGGCCGCAAAGCUGGGGACCUGGCUGUCAGUUUGAGGCGGGAGAGUAACUUGGCGGCUGCGGCCAUUGUUGGUUGCAUUCGCGCAGGCUCUCAGCCGCUUGUUGAGAAGAUCAUUGUGCGCGGUGAUGCAUUGUGCUUCCAAGAGGUCUUCGCAGGCGUUGGAGUCAUGACCGGUGGUUGGGCCGAGGCCGGCAUCAAAGUGCUUUCGCCGGUUGAGGUUUGGAGCGAGCCCGAGGCUCGCCAUGGCUACCGCCCCGACUGUGACCUCACCAAGGGUGAUGUGCAAAAGCGUUUGCUGUGCAGUGCGGCCAACGGGCAGGCCAACAUUUGGUGGAUCGCGCCCCCGUGCACGAGCUUCUGUGACUGGGGGGCCCAAAACAACGGGACACGCACGUUUGCAUGCCCCUGGGGAGGUGCAAACAACAAGCCUCAUAAGGAAGUCGAGUUGCAGGGAAAUUUGCUCAGCAAGGUCGCCGCCGAGAUUUUUCUCAACGUGCUUCGCAACGGCGGCUUCCCCGUGGUCGAGUCCUCUGGAAGGUCUGGGCGCUAUUCCAAGAUGUGGGACCUACCCUGGUGGCGUGAAAUCCUGGCCAGGCCGGACGUGCAGUUUGUCGAGUUUCCGAUGUGUGCCUUUGGCUUGGGCCCAGCUGACGGGUCGGGCUUCUACCACCACAAGACUCGGGUGGCCUUCCGGCGCUGUGACGCCUUUGCGAAAGCCCUGUCCCGAUGCUGCCCGGGGGUGGGUGCGGCGCACAAGCACAUUCCUUUGGGCGGGGCACGCCCGGGAGCCGCGCGGUCCCGUUGCGCUGAGGCUGGCGUGUAUCCCUCGGAGUUCGUCCGCACCGUCGUUUCUACGUUGCAGCAGGUGCUCUUUGUUAGCCUACCUGGCGGUGCUCAUGGAACUUUUGGGGGGGGACAAGACGAGCCACAGUGGAAGGAGGAUGCGAGGGCCGGUGGCGCGAGUGCGGCGCCCUACGCCGACGUCAGCGGGCCGUCUACGCUAUGUGGAGGACGGACUGGAUGGUUGGAUGAGCUUGAUGAUGAUUUGUGCGACUGGUGGGAGGGCCGAGAUGAGGACAUCGAGGGCAGGGCGUUGGGAACUCCAACCAGAGCCUGGGUGUUGCCACCCACACCUGCGGAGGAAACUCGCGCCGGGAGUGCGGAAAGUUACAAGGCCCCAUCCGUCGUGGCCAAGGAGGCGGCGCAGAACUACAUCAAGGUCACCGCCAAGGCGGGCCCUGGCAGUCCGUUUGCGUGGAAGCAGGUCUGCGACAGCGGGGAGGAUCUAGUCCGCAAGGCGGGCUCGGUGCGUCUAGCGGCGGAAAGUUUGUGGCAGGUCCGUGAGGAGGAGAAUAGAAACAACUUGAGCGGGGUCGAGGGGAACUACCUGGACACGGUGUUGCACCCCGACCUGCUCGA